GCCGAGCCAACCUGCAGCCGUGCAACGUCGAGGCCGCGCCCCUCUUUGUCACCUUCGAGAAUCGAGCUCGAGUCGAGCGAGAGUCUAAAACCCGACCGCAACGCAUGAAGUCUCCCGAUUGUGAUACAACACUACCGCCAUGGAUGGUUCAUACGGAAACAUCUUCCCCACAAGCAGGGGCAUGUCUCCCAGCGCACCCCCACCGAGUGGUAACCAGUACAAAGUAAAUGUAAAUCGCCAGAAGACGAAGAAAUGGGCAAACUUCAGACCGCAAAACUAUGACGGCGACGAUUGGGGCGACGAUUAUGACGAGCCAGCACACGAGCCGGAGCCUCCACCGCCGCCGAAGCCUAUGGGCCCCCGACAGCCCGCGGCGCACUCUCCCACCGCCCGGCCAUUUCAGCCCGUUGGUUCUCCACCUUUGCGGACACAUACUCAGCCGUACGCAGUCCCGGCCUCGGCAAGGCCAGGACAGGCCCCGACCGUCCCUGGACCACCGUCCAUGGCCAGUGGGACUCCGUGGAAGGCAACCGAGGCAUUCGAGUCGUCACCGCCUAGUGCUCAGGGAGACUCUCAACCACACACCAUCACCGACGCGACGCACCCCUCCCCUUCUCCUCGAAGUCCUCAUCAGCUUCCCUCACAGGUUCCGACCCGUAAGGGCAGCAUCGACCCAGAUGAUGCGGCGGAUGCUCUCGAGAACAUGAAGCAGUCAGGCUUCGACCCCAGACCAAGCGACAACUCAAGGUCAUGGAUGGAAACAGGGUCGGCAUCACCUCGAAGCGCCGCAGGACUGCUGGUUUCGUCCGACAAGCCGAUUUCGCUUAUUCGUCCGGCUGAGGUAUAUAAGCGGAUGGAGGAUGAGAGGCUCAAAGGUCGUCUUCCGCCCGGAACUGGCGGGUCAGCCGCGGAUAACGCUGGAGCUCGGACCGGCGAAUCGCUUGUUUCAGAGAUUCAGCUACAAGGCGAUCCUCCAAACCGUCCGCUAGGCUCACCGGACACGGAGGACUCCCGCACAGGUCGGACUCUGCAACCUGCCUCUGGUCUGACCUCAAUUGCUGAAAGGCAGAGCGAGUAUGGUAUUGAGGGGCUUCUCGCCAGUUACGGCGGCGAGGGAAACGAGGCUGAACCUCCCUCAUCGGAAGAACAGAAGAGACUUGCUGAGUCGCAAAAGUCUGUUCAGCCUCUUUCUCUUGAGCACAUCCGGCGUUUUUCUACGAGCCCUCAAUUGCCUGAUUUGACUCGCAUGUCGAGUUUUGGCGAAGAUCUUUUCUCGUCCAGCUUUUUCCCUGCAUCAGGACUACGCUCACCUGUUUCCGGCAGUAUGCAACUCCCAACAUUGGGCGAAGACAUACCGAAGUCCAGUAAAGCGACUGCAGCUGAAGCACAACCUCCAGCUCAAUCAACCGGCCUUGCUACGACAAAAAGCAUGGUCUCGAAUACGGCAAAGGAUGCCAAUUUCACCCCCGAAAAGGGAACGUCGCAGCCUGCUUCCAGCGCCAGUGGAAUGGCCGAUCAUGCAGUGUCUUUGCCGCCGAAUGUACCCGAAAAGGAUCAGCCCGUCGAGUUGCCGUCGCACGAGGUUGCAGCACAGAUGGUUUUCAGAAAUCCUGAGCAGCAAACACCCGCUGAAGACGCAGAACGGGAACCGGCAUCGCGCAAUGAGGACCGGCCAGCUACCCUGGCAACCAGACCGCACAUGCCCGGCGGCUGGGUUACUGAGACUCCUGCGACGCCUCUGGACGUGGCCGCAUCUCCCGCAGCCAGAUCGCCCAUGCCAGGCAACUUGGUUACUGAAACCCCAUCGACCCCUCCAGAGGUGCCACCAUCUCCAGCCACUAGCGCUGCCCAUGAGAAGCCAGGCAAGGCGUCUGCGGUCGAAGGUGUACCCGGGGUUGACGCCCGGCCCGAGUCUGCUUCACUGAAGGCGUCCGAUUCUCGGGGAUUGGAACCCGAGGUUGGGGUGGCGAGCGACGACGGGGUCAUCAACGCUCCCAAUUCCGCGACGUUGGAUCCAGCCUCACCACAUCGCCCUCCUCCGCUUGGAAAUGCAAACCCGGCUUUGGAUACAAAGUUCAACAUGGGCUCCCACAAUUCCCCAGUCAAGGUUGCGGAUCGCAAAGCAUCGCCCGAUCCUGAAAUCCAGGCCGUUGACACCAGCAGCCCAAUACCAGCGAGCUCAAUAACUGAGAAGUCUGAGAUCACUCCCACAGCGCCAUUGAACCCUCGUCGAGGAACGCCAGACGACAAUGCCACUGGGCAUCCGGUUCUGUCUCAGCCGCCCAUCACGAAAGAGCCAACGAGGGACGCAGAGACGCACUCCCCGGUCAAAGACAGCGACAAGUUGAGCGAAGAGAUUAUGAAGUCACUGAGCCCUGUACAGUCAGGCAGCGGAUUCUUAGACACGGCUGAGGUAUCUAUUGCCGCUUAUCACGCUGCCGCAGCAGAGCGUACGCGUGAGAGCAGCUAUCUUGGAGAUGUCUAUGGCGACUACUGGGCGGCGACCGAGGACAAGGUUGAGCCAGGCCUGCCCACGAUCAUCAAGGCAGUUGACACUGGAAAAACGGGACGGAAUCCAUUGCCGAUCCCAAUCAAGGAUUCUGCAGAAUGCCUAUCCGUGCCCCCUGGCAUGGUCGGCUUAAGCAGCUCUUUCGCCCCAACCCAGGUAGCACAGGCCAAAGUUUCCGACCUUCACCCUGAGAGCUCAGGUAGAGCUGAUGAGCUUGAGACACGCUUCUCAUGGGAGGCUGGGCAUCAGAGACCAGCGCCGGCGACCAUCUCGUCUCCGGCGACCGUAUCGCCUCCCGAUACCGGUCCGCCGCUUCAAACAGGUCAGUUGGCUGAGCUCGAUUCUGGUGCCGAGAAUGCGUCUCCAUUGCGGGCGGAGCUAGGUGUGUCGACGAUCGAGACGCCGCAACCUUCUCCAGGCCCGGAAGUACUGAAAUUGGCGGACGAGCUGAGAGCCGAGUCCGCUCCCGAGUUCAAUCCGGAGGGGGCACCUGCACCAAUGCCAAUUCCCGACCGUCUGACACAGCCAUCACCGCUCUCAGACAUCAUGGAACCCCAGGGCGGAGAUAAACGGCAGUCGCUGGCAGAAGAGAAGAUCGUGCUUCAGGAAUCAUUACACGCCGGCUCCACGCCUCCGCCUUUGGAGCAGCAUCCCGCCUUUGCGCGAAACCACGAAUCCCGACUGGCUGAAAAUCCAAGUGCUCCAUCACCCAAGAACAUAGUCGGAUUCCGAAACAUCAUGGAGAUGCCGUCGACGGCAGAGCGCAUCAAACUUUACAAUGAAACGCGAUGGCAGUUUGCUGCGGUCAACACGGGCUUGGAGGAGUGGCUGAGGGAGAUGAUGGCCAGGCAUCCGGAGCAUGCCAGUACCCUAAUGUCGAGUCAAGGGACAGCGGCGAUGGUGGCGCAUGCCCAGCAAAGCGGCCACGGAGCGACAGCACAGGCAUCUCAGGGGGCUGGCCAGAGCCUGAGGGCACCGGGACACUUGCAUAUACCGCACCUUCAACACGGCUUGAGCGGGCUCGGGCAUUCGAGCAACCAGGUGGGGACGAAGAGCAAAGAGCUCUUGAUGGCGGCGGGCAAGGCCGGGAAGGGUUUGUUCAGCAAGGGGAGAAACAAGCUUCGGGGGGCGGGUAAUUUGUAAAGCGGACAUCUGCUCUGUACAGCGUUUGAUUUGCGUUGGGCGACACGGCAAUGGCUUGGCUUGAGUUCGUGGUAUUUGAUGUGGCGGAGAGGCCACCGGCUUUCUCUAGCUAUUUGUUUUCAAGGUACAAAUGGCAAUGGCCGCAAUGCCCUCCUGGGUAUUCCUGGCGCUGGGUUUGGGCAAGCAAAGUGGCAUAGCGCGUCUCUUGACUGGCGAGAUUGGGAAGGCCACUCAUGGUGCUC